AUGAUAAAAACUAAACUAUACUUCACUGGAGAAAAACAGCAACAAAUUAUUAUUGGUCAGCUGUACCUAGGGUCAGGAGCUGUACCUGUGGUCAGGAGCUGUACCUGUGGUCAGGAGCUGUACCUGUGGUCAGGAGCUGUACCUAGGGUCAGGAGCUGUACCUGGGGUCAGGAGCUAUACCUGGGGUCAGGAGCUGUACCUAGAGUCAGGAGCUGUACCUGUGGUCAGGAGCUGUACCUGUGGUCAGGAGCUGUACCUAGGGUCAGGAGCUGUACCUGGGGUCAGGAGCUGUACCUAGAGUCAGGAGCUAUACCUGUGGUCAGGAGCUGUACCUGUGGUCAGGAGCUGUACCUAGGGAGCUGUACCUGUGGUCAGGAGCUGUACCUAGGGUCAGGAGCUGUACCUGGGGUCAGGAGCUAUACCUGGGGUCAGGAGCUGUACCUAGAGUCAGGAGCUGUACCUGUGGUCAGGAGCUGUACCUGUGGUCAGGAGCUGUACCUAGGGUCAGGAGCUGUACCUGGGGGUCAGGAGCUGUACCUGGAGCUGUACCUAGGGCCAGGAGAUGUACCUGUGGUCAGGAAGUGUACCUGUGGUCAGGAGCUGUACCUAGGGUCAGGAGCUGUACCUGUGGUCAGGAGCUGUACCUGGGGUCAGGAGCUGUACGUGGAGCUGUACCUAGGGUCAGGAGCUGUACCUGUGGUCAGGAGCUGUACCUGGGGUCAGGAGCUGUACGUGGAGCUGUACCUAGGGUCAGGAGCUGUACCUAGGGAGCUGUACCUGUGGUCAGGAGCUGUACCUAGGGUCAGGAGCUGUACCUGGGGUCAGGAGCUGUACCUAGAGUCAGGAGCUGUACCUGUGGUCAGGAGCUGUACCUGUGGUCAGGAGCUGUACCUAGGGUCAGGAGCUGUACCUGGGGAGCUGUACGUGGAGCUGUACCUAGGGUCAGGAGCUGUACCUAGGGUCAGGAGCUGUACCUGUGGUCAGGAGCUGUACGUGGAGCUGUACCUAGGGAGCUGUACCUGUGGUCAGGAAGUGUACCUAGGGUCAGGAGUUGUACCUGUGGUCAGGAGCUGUACCUGUGGUCAGGAAGUGUACCUAGGGUCAGGAGCUGUACCUGUGGUCAGGAAGUGUACCUGGGGUCAGGAGCUGUACCUAGGGAAGUGUACCUGGGGUCAAGAGCUGUACCUAGAGUCAGGUCAGGAGCUGUACCUAGGGUCAGGAGCUGUACCUAGGGAGCUGUACCUGUGGUCAGGAGCUGUACCUGGGGUCAGGAGCAGUACCUGUGGUCAGGAGCUGUACCUUGGGUCAGGAACCAUACCUGUGGUCAGGAGCCGUACCUGGGGUCAGGAGCAGUACCUGGGGUCAGGAGCUGUACCUGGGGUCAGGAGCUGUACCUGGGGUCCGAAGCUUUACCUAGGGUCAGGAGCCGUACCUGUGGUUAGGAGCCGUACCUGUGGUCAGGAGCUGUACCUAGGGUCAGGAGCUGUACCUAGGGUCAGGAGCUGUACCUGUGGUCAGGAGCUGUACCUGUGGUCAGGAAGUGUACCUUGGGUCAGGAACCAUACCUGUGGUCAGGAGCUGUACCUGUGGUCAGGAGCCGUACCUAGGGUCAGGAGCCGUACCUGUGGUCAGGAGCCGUACCUAGGGUCAGGAGCUGUACCUGUGGUCAGGAGCUGUACCUGUGGUCAGGAGCUGUACCUAGGGUCAGGAGCUGUACCUAGGGAACCAUACCUGGGGUCAGGAGCAGUACCUGUGGUCAGGAAGUGUACCUUGGGUCAGGAGCUGUACGUGGAGCUGUACCUAGGGUCAGGAGCUGUACCUAGGGUCAGGAGCUGUACCUGUGGUCAGGAGCUGUACCUAGGGUCAGGAGCUGUACCUGUGGUCAGGAGCUGUACCUGUGGUCAGGAGCUGUACCUAGGGUCAGGAGCUGUACCUGGGGUCAGGAGCUAUACCUGGGGUCAGGAGCUGUACCUAGAGUCAGGAGCUGGUCAGGAGCUGUACCUGGAGCUGUACCUAGGGCCAGGAGAUGUACCUGUGGUCAGGAAGUGUACCUGUGGUCAGGAGCUGUACCUAGGGAGCUGUACCUGUGGUCAGGAGCUGUACGUGGAGCUGUACCUAGGGUCAGGAGCUGUACCUAGGGUCAGGAGCUGUACCUGUGGUCAGGAGCUGUACGUGGAGCUGUACCUAGGGUCAGGAGCUGUACCUAGGGUCGGGAGUUGUACCUGGGGUCAGGAGCUGUACCUAGAGUCAGGAGCUAUACCUGUGGUCAGGAGCUGUACCUAG